AUGGUUUCCUUGUUUAACGCCAGUCUUCUUGGUUUCUUUUUAUUUUUCAUUAUGGUCAUUCAAGCAAAACCUCUGGCUGAAUCAUCAUAUACUUCGGGUGAUAAUAAAUCACCAACAAAAUAUCAACAUCUUUAUGAGCUCUACAAAAUUUUACGUGUCGAUCCACGUCUUGCUUCUGUAUCCAAUUAUGAUCUUAUCUUAUUUAUCUAUCGAAAUUUCAUCAAUAAUGAUAUUAAUUCACAUAGAAAGAAAUAUUCUAUUCAAGAACCCAAUUCAGAAUUAAACAACGAUUCCGAUUGA